AUGGAGCUGAAGAUGACAAAUUCUCAAGCCCUUUGUCUUGUUAUGGCCUCGCUGAUUGUCCUCACAUCCACCGCGCUACCUUUGUUGGAGGACCGAGAGUAAGUUUGAAAGAUUAAAGAGUAGUAACUAAGUUACGUUUCCUCAUCGGAAACGUGUUGGAAACUUCCGUUCUCAGGCUUACUGAGGACAAUGUUGUUUUUGCCUACGGUAAUGAUGAUGUCAGAGAAAUCUUGGUGGGACAAAGCUUUCAAAACAUGUCAAAAAACAUUCGAGUUUUCCCAAAUCCGUAAAAAUCGCGUUAUGUAGAAAUUUCGAUAAAAUUUUUAAAAAAUUACUUUAAUUUUUCCGAGACUUUUCGACCGCAUUAUGCAGAAUAUAACAUAUAAAAAUUUCAAAGACAUUUUUCACAAAAGUUUUGCGAAAAAGUACUUUAUAUUUACCGUAAUACAACUUCACCAACCACCUAAAACAAUAUAGUUUCAGCAUGGAGAAGAAGUCGAAUCUCAACGAAUUCAUGUCAGCAAUGAAAGGCGCUCCUCGAUUACGCUAUGGGAAGAGGAAUUUCGACGAAUUCGUGCCCGCAUAUCAGUAUGUCAUUCCUCAACGGUACGAACUUUUUCUUUGGUUUUUGAAAUCACGAUUUUUUGCGUAGCCAAAAAACUAUAUGAAAAAAUGUUUCAGAGCAGUUUACAAAAGGAUGGCCGCCCAGAAUCUCCCGGAACUGAUCGAUACGCUAAACGGCGCUGAAAGAUUACGGUAGGUUUUAAAUCUUAUCGAAAAAGUGACUAAACGCAGUAAAUUAUUUUAAAAUUUCUUCUAUGUAUUCAUCUAAAAUACGUUGUAUAAGGCCACAAUUCUCUUAAAUUUGCAAAAUUUACGGUUGGGAUGACAUAAAAAAUUGCUUGCUAAAAAACACUUUUUAUCGUAUAAAAUGUCACCCCAUUUUUGCCGAAUUGUCAGUGGUAGGUUUUUUAGCCUUUUCAAACACCAGACCAUAUAUAGAUAUUAUUACAAUCAUACUGUAGUAUAUAUCUUUGGGUACCACCACGAUUUCCCUGAACAGCAAUUUUACACUUCCGAACGGUGUAUGUAGAAAGUGUUACUGCCAACAUCAGUCCUACAAGGUCCAUUUUUCAACAUUUUUGCGGUAAUUGCGUGCAAUUACACUAUUGUUGCCAAAAAGUCAUUUAUCACUUUGUGCAAAGAUAAUGAAAAAGUAUCAAUUACUCUCCAGUGAGCACAACUUUUAACCAUGACACGUAUGUAAUUACGGGCUCCCAGCUCUGCUUUGUUCACAUGUUUUGCGGCGGGCUCAGAUACUGCCUGGGGGUGUGGGAUCGGAACCAAAUGCCCUGAGGGUUCAUUGUCCGCAAGAUCGGCCAUUGUGCCGGAAGGUUCCCAGAAGUGGCAUUGAAAGGUUUUCGAUACAAUUCUACGUCAAUCACGGCGCCAAUAUAACAAAAUAUUAUUCCGGGCACUACUUGCUUAUUCAGAAAAUGAAAAUUUUUUAUUUUUUAUUCAAAAAAAAUUUUUUUUGAGUGGGAUACAAAUAAUGAUUAAAACAUUAAUUGCGGAACACAGAGGCAUCUCCCGCGUAUGAUUAACCCGCUGCUACGCGACUAAACGACCCCGCAGGGGCUUUUUUCGAAGGGAAAAAAGUGCACUAGAUUAUUUAUUUUGGUUGGUAAUACAACAUUUAAAGAAUAUUCAAAGGGAAGAUGUAUGAUAAUAAAUAGAAGAAGAUAUAUGGACUCUUUUGGACCCGGAGAACUUGUUUUGAGGACACGAGUGUAUGUGAAGUUGAGCGUGCAAGAAGUCGGGCACAAAAAACAAACAGAUCCACUAAAAUACAAAUAUUUGUAAUCAAAUUUGCUAAAAAAACUAUCAUGAUAUAUGAAAUACUACUAGGGUAUUCAGAAAACAUAAAAAAAAAUCAAAAUUAUGAUCAAGAUAUGCAAAUUUUAAUGAAUGAAUAUUUUCAGAUUCGGCCGAAAGUGA